AUGUCUCGAACAAAUACUUUGUCCAUAAAACUCAACCUUUCUAAAAGAAGGCGACCUAUGACGGACAGUGCUAGCAUCAGUGGUACUAAAACUCAUACAGAAGCAAAGAACAGAAAGACAAGAACUGCUUAUGCUUCUCAUAAAAUUGUGCCCACUCCAAACACAGGCAAUACUGUAGCCAACUUCGAAGGUGAUGGUGGCAUUCCAUUAUCUUAUGUGUACUCUGAAGGGCUCACAGGUUCAUCUGAAUAUGCAUACAUAAUGGAAGGCAGUAGAAGAGAAGUAAUCGAGGGUAAAAUUAGUGACAACAAUGGUAAUGAUGCUGGAAAUAACGAAGGGGCUGAAGAAGCUAGACGUAACCCAGCUAAUGAUAACGGUAAUGGUGGAGGCAGUGGUGAUGACAGUGAUGGAAGUGGCUCGAACGGUAGCGGUGGUGGGAGUAGCAGUUCAGAUAAUGAACAGGCAGACGAAUCAUCAUCCGUACAAGAAACUCUGGAUUACUUAGAUAACCAAAUCAAUUUGCUAUCUGACAAUGUAAACAACUCGUUGAGUGUUCGUGUUGAUAAUUUGGAAGAUCGCGUGGGUAAUUUGUUUGAUAGUGUAGAGGCAAUGAUUGAAAACGUAAACAUGCUGGAGCUUAGCGUCGCUAGAAUAGAAAGACGUAUGAGAGACCGGGCUUCUCAAUUGGAUCUGGCAAACCUCGUGGGUUAUUUAAAUGAAGAUCAAUAUACCUUUAUGAGACGCAUGACUCAAAGAGCGGUCGACCAAGUGUUGAAGACAUUGGAGGAACGUCUGGGUCGUAAUCCCAACAAUUUACCCAGAGCCAAUAACAUGAACCAACCUGUAGCUACUGAAAAUCAACCACAAGCCAAUACGAAUCAACAAUCGCCAGCGGCUAAUCCUCCACAAGAGCAAGCCCCUCCUACUGAGAGACCACAAGAGAAUGGGAACAAUAAUGCUCCUAAUUUCCAUUUCGACAUACAGCAGUUAAUCUUUGUUGAAAACAAUGGUUAUAUUAGGACAUUUACCAUCAAUCAAUAA